AUGUCAGCGUACCCUCACGGUUCGUAUACGCAGGUAGCCUACCCGACACAGGGCUACGGCGCCCCCAUCCCCCCACCCCACGCCUUCCACCCGUCUCCCAUGCUGCAACCGGCAUACCACGUCGACCCAAACACUUUUCGUCGUGAUUAUGUCGCGCGGUUGGCUAACCUCAGCAUAAACUCGAGGCCUAUUAUCCAGAGCCUGUCGAUGAUCGCGCAGGAUUACAGUCGUUUUGCCGAAAUUGUCGUUCAAUGUAUCGAGCAACAUAUCCGACGGGUGCCCGCGACGAUGAAGCUGCCAGCCUUUUAUCUGCUAGACGCCAUCUCCAAGAACGUCUAUGAGCCUUACGCCCGCCAUUUCAGAGCCGUCGUCGUCCAUCUCUUCAAGGACACCUAUGAUGUCGUCGACCAGGCAACGCGCAGCAAGAUGGAGGAAAUGCUCCUCACCUGGAGGACGGGUGCUCCCAACGGCCGUGAGCUGUUCGGCGUCGUUCCCCAGAUUGCGAUCGAAGGCCAUAUAUGGGGAUCUACUUCCUCCUCGAGUCAGAACACAGUGCGUCUUUUCCCAUCACGCCGUGGCCGUGGUCCUGACAGACGUCCCCGAAAGUCCGGUCGUGGUGGCUCUGCGUCUACCCAGGCUGUGAUCACUCAAGCCCGCGUGUUGAGUGAGCUCGAAUUCGUCCUCGGACAGAAGGAGCGCGCUCUGCAAUCAAAUCCUUACGACAAAGCGUCUCAAACCCAUGUCGCGGUUCUGCAACAACUACGCACCCUUGUGCAAGCCGGUGUUUCACAGAAGGAACUUGGUGAAAUCCUUGCUCAGCUGCACAACCUCGCGGCAUCGACACCAACACCAACACCGCCCCCGCCGACGCCUCAGCCUUACAUAGCAGGUCCUCCAUACGUGGCUCAACCACCACCUGCUCCGCAGGCUGUAUAUCCAACUCAGCCCACUCAGUCCUCGCUUCCGUCGUUUGAUCCUUCCAGUAUCUCUUUGAUACUCUCUGCCGCGCAGUCGGCACCCGUCCCCUCGACUUCUACCGCAUCGGCUCCUGUCCCCGACAUCACGAAUCUGUUCAACUCACUCGUCAAGGCAGGCGUAGUAUCGUCAGCGACCGGAACACCUACGGGCGCCGGUGCGACCGCAAAUGCGGAAGAUAUCAUCUUGACAGAUUCGGAGGGAGACGCCUCUCAGGCCUACCGGAAGGUGCUAUUUACGCACUCCGUCAAGCUGUCGAACGCUGAUAUCACUCGACACCGUCCUCCCCUCGCAGAACUUUUGUAUGGUCAAAUACCCACUCAAUGCAAGCAAUGCGGCAUUCGACUUCCAGAAGGUUCUAGCGGCAAGAAGGACUUCGACGAACACCUCGACAUGCACUUCCGACAAAACCGUAAAGCAAGUCAAGCCGUCGGAAGAGGCCAUAGCCGUAGUUGGUUCGUUGGCUUGGAGGACUGGGUAUAUGGUGAAUCUCACGACAUUAAGGGCAAGGGUCGGGCGGACGGUCGGUCUACAAGUUCCAGGGCAGCCGUGGCUCAGGAAGCGGCUGAACGUGAAGCGGAACUGCGUGCCAUGGUUGUUAUUGUACCGCAGGGCGACGAGUCGAAAACGAUGUCGUGUCCGAUCUGUAAGGAACACCUGGCGUCAGAGUUCUUGGAGGAGGUCGAGGAAUGGGGCUGGCGCAACGCGGUUAAGAGAGAUGACAAGAUAUACCACGCGACGUGCCACGCAGAGGCGGUAGCGUCGAAGACGACACUAGCUUCUCGUUUGCGGAAUGAGUCUGGAACUCGCAGCCGAUCGACGACGCCUGAGAACCGCCGGACACCUCCCAGACUGAAUGAUUCGAUGAAAUUAGAGCCAGUAUCGCCUUCAAGACUCGCUGGAGUGAAACGCAAAGCUGAGGAUGACCGUUCAGAUUCACCGAAGAGAGUCGCGACAUAG